AGUGCUUGACGGACAACACAAACACACACACACGUACAAUGUUGCAAAGUCUUAGAGGUCAGCUUAAUACCUGAGACGGUUCAAAGGGUGUUUGCGGUUUUCGCUGCUUUAACUGUUCAGCCGCCCUAACGUUCCUGUGUUCUGCUUUGCCACACGGUCGUCCUAGUGUUCCUCUGGUUCUUGCAGUCCUUCUGCAUGGUUUCUAAUUUUCAGUCAGUUUGCAACCCUCGUUGCUGGGCCGAGACCUUUGUUAGUAUCGACAUGCCAAACCUCAGCAGCCUGGGCAAGAUCUGUGGCUCCAGCCGGGGCGAGGAUAUGGUGGUGAUGGACAGGGCAAAGCGCAAGAAUUCGGUUAGGCGCAUGUCGAUCAUUGAGGAUGGUCAGAUUGCUGAGGUUCUCUACCUGAUUCCGAAACAAUCGAUGAUGGAGCAGCUUCCCUUCCUGAACCCCAACGACUAUAUCCUGUGUGAGCGGAUGGUAGGCAUGCCGCCAGACAUGGGAUCAAUUGGACCAGUGGCCCAUGUUCAGGACCCUGCAGAGAAGCUGUGCAUCCAAUGCUACAAAUGUGGGGAGCCAUGCAAGGGAGAGGUGCUGCGGGUCCAGUCCAAGCACUUCCACAUCAAGUGCUUUACCUGCAAGGUGUGCGGGUGCGACUUGGCUCAGGGAGGUUUCUUCAUGAAGAACGGGGACUACCUGUGCACGUUGGACUACCAGCGGCUCCAUGGCACAUGCUGCAAUGGCUGUGGGAGCUUUGUAGAGGGAGAGGUGGUCACUGCUCUCGGCAAGACGUACCAUCCGACCUGUUUCGUCUGCACAAUCUGCAAACGACCAUUUCCUACUGGAGAUCGUGUCACCUUUAAUGGGAAAGACUGUCUCUGUCAACACUGCAUCCACCCUAUGUCCCCUACCCCCAAAGACAUCAGCAGCUCCAGCAACUGUGCAGGCUGUGGUAGGGACAUUAAGAAUGGCCAGGCCCUAUUGGCUCUGGAAAGACAGUGGCACCUUGGCUGCUUCAAGUGCAAGGCCUGUGGCAAUGUGCUGAGCGGGGAGUACAUCAGCAAGGAUGGCACCCCCUAUUGCGAGAAAGACUACCAGAUCCACUUUGGGGUCCAGUGUGAGGCCUGCAAUCAGUUCAUCACAGGGAAGGUUCUGGAAGCAGGUGACAAGCAUUACCAUCCCAGUUGUGCAAGGUGCAGCAGAUGCAACCACAUGUUCACAGAAGGAGAGGAAAUGUACCUGCAAGGAUCUACAGUAUGGCAUCCAGACUGUAAGAACAAUAGCAGAGCUGAAGAGAAAUACAGGCCUACCAGGUCCUCGUCUGAGAGUAUCUGCUCAAGACCUGGCUCCAGCAUCUCAGGGUCCCCUGGUCACACAUUCUAUGUGAGUACCUACAGCAACUCUGCACACUACUAACUGGAGAUGCAACUGAAGGUUACACAACUGACUGGGGACUCCAAUGAAACAACAGUGUUAUUCUUCUACUUUAUUAUUGAUUGAUAUCACUCCAAGGUGUUCCCUACUUAUUGCGCUGUAUCAUCUAUGUGUUUGUUAUGUUGGAAGUAUUGUCAUGUACACUGUCCUGAGUUAUUUAUGGUUGUCCUGUCAUUGUCCUGUAUGUAUUUUGUACAAUAAAAAAAUGUAUUAAAAGCAUCACAAUUCUGAAUAAA